AUGGCCAGCCAGAGGCCCAGCCGACCUACCUGCAUCAGGGCAGCGUUCAGUGCAGCUGGCUUUCGGAAGUGGCAGAGACACAUGCGCCAUCGCCUUCAGGUCAACUCCAGAAGGAACCUCAUGGACUUUGCUGAAGGCAUCUGGAGAGAGUUUUUAGAUCCUUAUGACGGUGACUCGGAAGACACCCCAGGCCAUUCCAACUACCGCAGCUACCGCCAGCGUGCCUACCGCCUCCUGGGUGACAGGAACCGCAACUCGCCUUCCUACACACUGAGGAGGUUCAGGACUGCAGAGGAGGCCGGCGUUGAAGAUUCGCUCCCUAAGGCUCCAGACCUCACCAUGAAGGCUUCCGGCUGGGUCCCUAUGACCCCGGAAGCUGAUGACGUCGACAUGCAGCCUGAGGGUGAACUCAAGACACUGAGCCCCCCAGAGACCAAUGUUCGUCCUGGCAGGCUGUCCCCGGCACCAGAGGACUGGAGGAUGACAGGGGCUGCUAGCCCCCUCAUUCCUGUGGAUACCCCAGAGAUAGGCAGACAGCCGCUGGGCAGAGCCAGAGCCACCCGGCCACCACCCAGACUCGGGACCGAGCGAGACAAGGGGCCCAGGCUGUCGCUUUCCAAGAGAAAACUGGAGCUCCUACUUGGAGAGCCUGAGAAAAUUAAGAGAAAGAAGAAGUACGUGGCCCAGCCCAGGGGCCCGAGCUAG